AUGAUACUUUCAGUUUUUAUAACUUGUGGUAUCGCUCGUUUGGCCCGUUAUAAUGCAACUGUUGCAUCUCUUCCAAAGGACUCUUCUGGUAAAAUUAGCUACUUUGAAGGAACUCCAAUUCCAACUACAAUGACCAUAGUAGCUAUAAUUGCUUAUUUUGUUAAGGAGGGGCAAAUAGAUGAUAAUUUACCGGGUGGUGUGAUUGAAAUAUUUCCAAAUAUUAUGUUACAUCCGUUUGUAUUAUUGUAUGCAUUGAGUGGGAUUGCAAUGGUGAGCAAAACCUUAAAGAUUCCAAAACUUUAG